AUGGACAAUUCUUCAAUAUUUGAGAGUAUUUGUGGUUCCGAUCGCUGGGGGCCGUGGGAAAGUUAUGAUUUUACGGAUUGCUUUAGAGAAGUUGUGGUCGACGCUGGAAUCUUAUUACUGUAUUCAGCUACUUCAUUAUGUAUUGUCGUAACUGCUUAUGUUCAACUUAGACGACAUAAAGGGCCAGGCUAUGAACGCUUACUUAAUAAUCAGUGUAAUUCAAAUUAUGGCACUAUUGAACAGAUCGAUGACAAUGAGACAGAUUUAGAUGUUUCCGAUGAUAAUUCAGACUAUUCAGAUGAAACUCUUGUCAGCGAUCGGACUCCUAAAAAUAUGAUUUUUGAUGUUAGCCGGCUUGUUAUAAGUAUUAUAAUAUGUUUGCUAUUCAGUUUACUUGCUACAGCAAGAUGGCAAGGUUAUAAUGAGAACCAACACGGAAAUUAUUGGCUUGUGGCUCCUAUAUUAGAAGCCAUCGCAUGGAUCUAUGCAACAAUAUUAGCAUUGUUUAACAUUGUUUCACAACAACGUAGCAUUCUUCAUAUCCGUGGACACUUAAACGUGUUAUAUUUUCUUGCCUUCGUUUCUUCUAUAGCAGAUGUUCAUUCGCUUUAUCUAAAGCUUGGUACAGAUUUCGAUUUAAAAUAUUAUCUCAAUUUAUGGAUUUUUGGUUUUUCGUUCAUCUUGGUUUGCAUUUCGUUUUUGGAACCACAAGAUGAUGUUGAGUUACUUUCAAAACCAAAUGCUGAGGGUCGAUACUUGUCCCCUGAAGUAAAAUGUUCAUUUUACGAUCAAGUCACAUUUUCAUGGAUCAAUCCGUUAAUCAGCAAAGGCUUUCGAUCAACUAUUGAUGACAAAGAUGUCUAUGAGCUACCUGGUUUUGCUAAAGCUAAAAAUAUAUUGAAAACUUUUCAUACUUUUAGAAAAUCCACUAUCGUCAAGUCUUUAAUGUUUACGUUUCGAAAGGAGCUUCUUAUUCAGUUUAUCUAUGCAAUAUUCUGGUCUCUGAUUUAUUCUUUUGUUCCGCCUUAUUAUCUCCAAAAACUGUUAUUAUAUGUUCAAAACUAUCCAAAUCAUAAAGACGAGUCAUAUUUGACAGCUUAUUCAUAUGCUUUUGCAUUAUUUUUGGGAACUGUGAUACCAAGUAUAUGCUUCCAACAAGCAUUAUAUAUUGGUCGCCAUCUGAGCGUAAAGUGUCAGGCAAUAAUCAUCGGUGAAGUAUAUUCGAAGUCUUUAUCCCGAAAAGACACAUCGGGUGUUGUUGAUGAUGAUGAAUCAAAAAAUAAAACGGGAAAGAUUACUAAUCUCAUGGCUGUUGACGCUCAAAAAGUUUCGGAAUUUUCGGCAUACGUUUUUUAUUUUUAUGCCUAUCCUAUACAAGCUAUCAUUUCUAUAUGGUUGUUAUAUGCUUUGCUUGGUGUAUCAGCUCUAGCAGGCGUAUUGGCUAUAAUUUUAACAUAUCCAAUACCAGCUCUUAUUAAUCAGAGGUUUCAAAUUAUUCACAAACGUCUUAUGGCCGCAACUGAUAAGAGAAUGGGUGUAAUGAACGAGUUGUUACAGGCCAUUCGUGUCAUUAAGUUUUUUGCAUGGGAAGACUACUUUCGUGACAAGGUCAUAAGUGCUCGUGAUAAUGAGUUAAAUGAACUCAAACAUCGGUUAAUGGAAUGGGUUUAUAUGUGUGUUGUUUGGACGAGUUUACCUCUUAUAAUAAUGGUUACUGUGUUCAUUACAUAUACAAAAUUACUAGGAAAUGAUUUGACUGCUUCUGUUGCAUUUACCGCACUUGCACUAUUUAAUAAUCUUCGUCAUGCCCUUGAUGAAAUGCCACAAUUGAUUGCUUACAUUAUUCAAGCUCGUAUUUCAAUUUCCCGUAUUGAAAAGUUUUUAAAAGAACCAGAGAUUAAUCGCAAAUGUUCUGUCCAAAAUUUUAAUGAUCCUUAUAUUGGAUUUAAAAAUGCCACUUUCCAGUGGCCAGAUGGUGGAGAUUCCAUAGACAAUUCUUCCGUUUCAGUAGACCUAACCAUGCACACUCCAUUGAAUAAGUUUACUUUAAAAAAUCUGAAUGUAUCUUUUCCUGCUAAUGGGCUGUCAGUAAUCUGCGGACCUACGGGUAGUGGGAAAACAAGUUUGUUGAUGGCAUUAUUGGGAGAAAUGGAAUGUUUAGAUGGUCAUGUAUUCUUGCCUAGGAUGACUGCCGAAUCUUCAAAUAAAUUAGGAGGUGCGCCAAGUGGUAUUGCUUAUGUCGCUCAAACAGCAUGGCUACAACAUGCUACUAUUAGAGAUAAUAUUCUAUUUGGUCUUCCAUUUGAUUAUGAAAUUUAUACAAAAGUUUUACGUGUUUGCGCUCUCGAUAAAGAUUUGGAGAUUCUUGACUUUGGAGAUAAAACAGAAGUUGGUGAAAAGGGAAUAACGCUUAGUGGUGGUCAAAAACAACGUGUCGCUUUAGCCAGAGCUGUUUAUUCUCAAGCUAAAAUAAUCAUUAUAGACGAUUGCUUAUCCGCUGUUGAUUCACAUACUGCUAAACAUAUAUAUGAACAAUGUUUGAUGGGCGACUUGAUGAAAAAUCGUACCCGUAUUCUUGUUACACAUCACGUAGGACUAUGCCUUCGUGGUGCUGCUAAAGUGGUAGUUAUUAAAGAUGGUCAAAUAUCAGGUGAAGGAAAUGUAGAAGAAAUUUUGGCUACAGGGCUGUUGGACGAUGUGACUAUUGAAAGCGAUGAAGAAUCAGGAACCUCUGUUGAGGAUGUCACAGAUGCGAAAUCUCAAAAAAACAACAAAAAUAUCCGUGAAGGCGAUGGAAAAUUGGUUGCCGAAGAAACCAGAGCUGUCGGUAUGGUUGGAUGGAAGUAUUACAAAAUCUACUUGGUAGCAUCUGGCGGAUUCUGGUAUUGGAUGUCAUUGCUUCUUUUAUUUUUAGUGACACAAGUUAUUCAAGUUGGGCAAGAUUGGUGGAUUCGAGAAUGGACUAAAGCUUACGGCGAUGCUUAUAAUCAAAUCCACCAAUUUGCUUCGACAAUGUAUGGGGGUAUCACUUCUCUUUUACUAGAAAAUUUACACCAAACCAUGAAGGGCUUUGCAUUAUCUUCUUACUUGUCUCCCUUCCUUAAUCAUUCGACUCCGACUGAUCAUUUCUCACCUGUAAACAUGUGGGAAGAGACCCAUGAGCCCGUCAAUGUUGACUACUAUCUUUGGGUUUAUGUAUCAAUUGGAUUGGCAUCCACCAUACUAACGACCUUUAAAGCAUAUUAUAUGUUCAUUGGUUCUUUAAUGGCGUCUAGGAAGUUGCAUAAUGAUAUAUUAGAUAAGGUGCUGUUAUCAACGCUUAGAUUUUAUGACACAACACCAAUAGGAAGGAUAUUGAAUCGGUUCUCCAAAGAUUUGGAGACAAUUGACCAGAACAUGUCUCCUAUUGUUAUGUUUCUUCUUUAUUCAGUCUUUGCUACUACGUCGGUGAUUAUUGUCAUUUCAAUUGUAAUGCCUCGAUUCUUAAUUCCUGCUGCUUUCAUUGCAGCAAUUUAUAUAUUUAUUGGAGCAUAUUACAUAGCUACGUCCAGAGAUUUAAAACGCUUGGAAUCUGUUAGUAGAUCUCCAAUUUACGCGGCAUUUGGCGAGACUAUAAUAGGUGUAUCUACUAUCAGAGCAUUUGGUGCCGAAAAAAGAUUGAUGAAAAGGAUGUUGCGUCUCGUAGAUGACAAUAAUCGACCGUUCAUAUUUAAUUGGGCAUGUAACCGAUGGCUCCAUACUCGUGUUGAUGCCGCAGGUGGCCUAGUUGGGCUUUCCACUGCUGCUAUUAUUGUGUAUAAUCUUUCCAAAGGAAUGGAUCCUGGUUUAGCAGGUUUUGCAUUGAUAAAUGCAUUAAAUUUCACUGGGCAUGUAAUUUGGGUCAUUCGUAUGUAUGCCAUUCAGGAGAUGAACAUGAAUUCAAUUGAGAGAAUCCAGGAUUAUCUGGUAUUGGAAGAGGAACCACCAAGAAUUGUCGAAGGCCAUCGUCCACCACCAGAGUGGCCCACAAAAGGAGAAAUACAUGUUAAAAAUCUUGUUAUGCAAUAUGCGCCUGAUAACCCACCGGUGUUAAAAGAUAUUUCAUUCCACAUUAAACCCGCAGAAAAAGUUGGAAUUGUCGGUAGAACUGGGUCUGGGAAAUCCACACUUGCUACAUCCUUUUUUAGGUUUAUGGAACCAACCUCUGGUCAAAUAAUUAUUGAUGAUAUUGAUAUUUCAACUAUUGGUCUUUUUGAUUUAAGGAGUAGACUUACUAUAAUACCUCAAGAUCCAGUGUUAUUCAGUGGAACUUUGAGGAGUAAUCUAGAUAUUUUUAACGAACAUGAUGAUGAUGACGCUGAAUUGUGGAAUGCACUUCGAAGAGCUCAUCUAAUCGAUGAUACUAUUAUAAGUUCAAGCACUGAUAAUGAUAACAAAUCAUUACAGAAUAGACAAUCACAAAGUCAAGUAAUGUGGACUCUCGAUGCACCUGUUAGUGAGAAUGGUAGUAAUUAUAGUCAAGGUCAACGACAGUUGAUAGCACUUGCAAGAGCAUUGGUGCGUAAAUCUAAAUUGAUUAUUAUGGAUGAGGCGACAGCUAGCGUAGAUUUCAAGACAGACCGUAUGAUCCAAAAGACAAUACGUGAGGAAUUUAGUGACGCGACUCUAUUGUGUAUUGCACAUCGGUUAAGAACCGUUGUAGAUUAUGACAAAAUUUUAGUGUUAGAUGCUGGAAAUAUUGUGGAGUUUGAUCAUCCAUAUAUUCUUUUGCAAAAUCCGGCUUCAGUUUUUCGUGGAAUGUGCGAUCGAAGUGGAGAUUUGAUAGAAUUGGUCGAAGUUGCUAGGGCAAAAUAUGAAAAAGAUUACGGAAAUAUAAGUGUUUGA